UUUAAGAUGCAACUUCUUAAAUUUGAAUUCAUCAUCAAAUAUUAUGUCAUCAAUAAAUAAAAUAUGAUUAUUGAUUCAUCUAUUCUUAAAACAACCUUCUACCAUAUCUAAGCAUCAUCAUUAAUUAAAUUAAUUCCAACAAUGCACUUAUGCCUAAUCCGAUCUUUCCUCUUGAUUUUUCGGUGGGGCUAGAUCUAAGGCGUGAGAUAAAAAAAAAACCUAUAAUCGGCUCGAUCUUGGCCCCUUAAUUAUAAUCGGCUUGCAUCUUCUUCGUUUUUAACUUGAAUUUCAAAAUAUAUUUGCACAUUUCGAACGGAUUUACUAUGAUCUACAAAAUGAUAUUUAUUUUCAAUACAUCUCAGAGAAAACAUUUUUGUAUCACCAGAUACCACUCGAGUGACCAUACUGUCACCACUUCGUAACAUUUUCAAAUUUUUUUUGGGAUCAAAUUAGUCCCCUAAAUCUAAGACUUUGACAUUUUGGCACUUCAAUAUUUUUUGCAUGCAUUGAAGAUGUACUCAAAAGAUCUGAAAUAGAAAAUAUAAUUAAACAAGUAACAUCAGCAAUAGAUGAUGCUCUUUCACUCUUCAGAUCCUCAUUACCAUGGAAAACCUCUCAUCCAAAAAGAUGAUGCUCUCUUCCUCUUCCUUGUUCAACAUCCCUUUCCUCUCCACGCUCGCAACCAUUAUUCUUGCAGCCACCUUGUUCAUCCGAAACCAUAGAAAACUAUCCACAACCGCCGGUUCAAACUCGCCGCCGGGACCAUGGAAGCUUCCCCUAAUAGGCAACAUCCACCAGAUGGUCGGCGACCAACCCCACCGCCGGCUCAGGGACCUGGCCCACAAAUACGCGCCCGACGUCAUGGGCCUCCAGCUCGGGGAGCUCUCUUGCAUCGUAAUCUCAACCCCUGAAGCCGCCAAGCUGGUGAUGAAAACCCACGACAUAGCUUUCGCUUCACGGCCUCACCUCCUGGCCGUAGAUGUACUCUUCUAUGGCACCAAGGACAUAGGUUUCGCGCCCUACGGAGAGUACUGGAGGCAGCUGCGCAAGAUCUGCACCCUCGAGCUCUUCAGCGCCAAGCGCGUCGAGUCCUUCCGACACAUAAGGGAACAAGAGGUGUCGAAUCUCGUGUCCUCUCUCGCGGCAGGAAAGCCUGUGGAUCUCACCCGUGCUUUGUUCACUGUAACGAGUACCGUCACUUCCAGGGCGGUAUUCGGUAAGGUGCAGCAGCUGAGCGGUGCUUUCCAGACUGUUCUGGAUAACUAUUCGGACGCUACCGGAGGUUUCAAAAUCUCUGAUCUCUAUCCUUCUCUUACGUUGCUUCCAACUCUCACUGGAUUCAGAGCCAAACUAGAGAAGAUGCGUGAAGCAGCAGAUUCGGUAUUGGACCAGAUUAUCGACGAGCAUCAAUUGAGGAGAAGGGCGGGAAUGAAAAGUAGCGAUGAUGAUGAUAAUGAAAAGGAGGAUCUUGUUGACGUUCUUCUUAAUAUUCAAGAAAACCAGGAUCUUGAAGUCAUCACACCGGAGGUCAUUAAAGCAGUAACUCUGGAAAUAUUUAUUGCUGGAGUCGAUACAGCAGCCACAACAUUGGAGUGGACCAUGUCGGAAAUGAUAAAGAAUCCGGGAGUGCUAGAAAAAGCACAACGAGAGGUCAGAGAAGUAUUUGGUGAUGGUCGGAACAACAAUUUUAACGAAGCACGUCUUCACCAAUUGAAGUAUUUGGACAUGGUCAUCUCCGAGAGUUUAAGAUUACACCCACCGGUUCCUUUGCUUGCUCCAAGAGAAAACAAAGAUCAGAAAGUGGAACUCAACUCAUAUGAUAUCCCAAUGAACACAUAUGUGAUCGUGAAUGCCUGGGCGAUCAAUCGAGAUUCUCGCUAUUGGACGGAGGCGGAGAGAUUCUACCCGGAAAGAUUUAUUGACUGCCCAAUCGAUUACAACGGGACAAAUUUCCAUUUUAUCCCAUUUGGUGCCGGAAGGAGGAUGUGUGCUGGAGUUUCUUUCGGGAUGGCGGUCGUGAAACUUACGUUAGCAAGUUUGCUUUUCCAUUUUGACUGGACACUCCUUGCUGAACAAAAAAGCAUUGAUAUGACGGAAUGCUUUGGAAUGACACUCAGAAGACAAUAUCCUCUCCGUCUGAUUCCAGUUCCUUAUGGUCCCGUGCUUUGAAUAAAAGAAAAUCAAAUGCUAAUAAAGAUGCUCAUUAUAUUUUUGUGCUUUAUAAUGUUCCAACAUGUGUAAUUUCCUUAAUCCGGCCAUUAUGUUCUGCAUUUUGUAAGGUUUUUAUUUCCUAAAAAAACAAUUGUUAUAGUACUAUAUGAACUAUCAAAUCUGGUAUCUAUAUUCAAAACCCUACUACAAGAAAUGCUAACAUCUCGUAAAUGAAGCCUAACAGCUAAGCCUAAAAUCCAAAUACAAAGUAUGAAAAGACGAGUCGAUGAGAAUUAAAAUGUGUUAAUAAUAAGGCCAAAAUAAU